GGAAGUGAAGACACGGCCCACACUUCCAAACCCCUCCCUCCCUGAACCUCCUAUCUCCGCCCAGGUGAGCCAUGCACGGGCGUGGUCCCCAUAAAGAGAGAAAAAAAAGCGCUGCUGUGUUCUUUUUCCUCGUUGCCUCGUCACAAAGAGGACAAAUCUGCUCUUGAACCGAGGACACUUGCGUUUGGAUUUCCCCUCCUAAAACCGCCCGGAUCUCGACCUUUGAAGCCAUGGGGGCCCUGCAGUGUAUCAAAUACCUGGUGUUUGUGUUCAACUUUCUCUUCUGGCUCGCAGGUACCGGCGUGCUGGCCGUGGGCCUCUGGCUGCGCUUUGACUCCAGGACGACGGGGCUGUUUGAGGGCGCGGAAUCUCCCACGGUCUUCUUCACCGGUGUGUACAUCCUGAUUGCGGCGGGGGCUCUGAUGAUGGUGGUGGGCUUCCUGGGAUGCUGCGGCGCCAUCAAAGAGUCGCCGUGCAUGCUGGGAUUGUUUUUCCUCUUCCUCCUCGUCAUCUUCGCUGUGGAAGUGGCUGCUGGGAUCUGGGGCCUCUCCAACAAGGACAGGGUGAUCGAAGACGUCACAGAGUUCUACAAGCAGACCUACUCCAACUAUAAAGACACCCGGCAGGAGGCCCUGAAGGAGACGCUGCGUCUCAUCCACUUUGGACUCGACUGCUGCGGCCCGACGGGGACGGUGAUCGACGCCGCCAAGGACAUCUGCCCCAAGAAGGAGGGGCUGGAGGUCCUCAUCACCACGAGCUGUCCAGCCGCCAUCGACGCGAUGUUCAACACGAAGCUGCACAUCAUCGGCGGAGUCGGCAUCGGCAUCGGCGUCAUCAUGAUCUUUGGCAUGAUCUUCAGCAUGAUGCUCUGCUGCGCCAUCAAGCGGUCCAGGGACUUUGUCUGAGACACUAACCUUUCUACAGGUGAUACCGUCCUGUAGUUUACCGCUCGGGUCCGUACGGGAUGAACACACAUGUGAGCGUACGCGACCCGAGGUUGUUGUUGUUGUUGUUGUUGUUUUUUUGGCUAUUUUCCACUCUGGGGGGGGGGGGGGGGAGAAACGUGUAAUCGUCCCAUAAAAUAAACUAAACUGUUCUCCCCUACGUAACGACAUGCUUUUCAUCAUAACCUCUGCUGCCCCCUGGAGGAUUCUGAAGGUCACUGAACUCUUCACAUUUGGGGAUUAUCAGUUGUUUUAUUUAAAAUGUUAGUUUGUGAUUUAACCGGAUUUUUGCUGCAGACUAAAUUUUAUUGCGUAUUUUUUUGCACUUUUUUUUUAUUUUUUAAAGAUGGAGUUUUAUGCAAAUAUUUUGAUUGAAGUUCAGAUUUAUCUUUAAAUUGCCAAAUAAAGGAACUCUAGAACAGUGA